GGAGAGGAAGACGAAUAAAAAAAGCCGAGAGGGCUCGGUCCGGGCGGCGCAGAUCAGCCCUCGCCGGGACAGCCGCGGCUCGGCUCGGGAGGGAGGAAAAUGCCGCAGCUGGGCAGCGGCGGCGGGGACGACCUGGGGGCCACGGACGAGAUGCUGGCCUUCAAGGACGAGGGCGAGCAGGAGGAGAAGAUCCCCGAGAACGCCUUCACCGAGCGCGAUCUGGCCGACCUCAAGUCCUCGCUGGUGAACGAGUCCGAGGGCAGCGGCAGCCCGGCCGCCGCCGCAGACCCCGAGGCCAUCAGGCGUGUGCAGGAUCCGCAGAGGGUUUAUCAGGAGAAGCUCCCGGACCACAUGGAAGAUGGUAUGAAGCACCAGGACCCAGGCAUGUAUAAAGGAUCCGCGUAUUCUGGCUACCCUUUCCUAAUGCUCUCAGACCCUUAUCUGCCAAAUGGAUCUAUGUCACCGCUGUCCAACAAAGUUCCCGUCGUGCAGCCAUCCCACGGAGUCCACCCGCUCACCCCGCUCAUCCCUUACAGCAAUGACCACUUCAGCCACGGCUCCCACUCGCCCCACUUGCCCGCCGACAUCAACCAGAAGCAAGGAGUGCACCGGCCUUCCCAGACCUCAGACAUCCCCGGCUUCUACCCGCUCCCCCCGGCUGGGGUCGGCCAGAUCACGCCCUCGAUGGGAUGGCAGAGCCAGUCUGUCUAUCCGCUCCCGUCAUGUGGAUUUAGACAGCCGUAUUCGUCAGCACUUUCCGCUGGGGCUUCUUUCUCCAGGUUCACUCACCCGCUGAUGCUGGGCUCCGGCAUGCACACCACCGGCAUCCCGCACCCCGCCAUCGUGCCCCACUCUGGCAAGCAAGAGAUGGAGCACUACGACCGAAACAUGAAACCUCAGCCAGAACCAAAGAGAGAGAAGGAAGCCAAGAAGCCCACUAUCAAGAAGCCCCUGAACGCUUUCAUGUUGUAUAUGAAAGAGAUGCGGGCAAAAGUCAUUGCGGAGUGCACCCUGAAGGAGAGCGCAGCUAUCAACCAGAUCUUGGGCAGGAGGUGGCACGCGCUGUCCCGGGAGGAGCAGGCCAAGUACUACGAGCUGGCGCGCAAGGAACGGCAGCUCCACAUGCAGCUCUACCCCGGCUGGUCCGCACGGGACAACUACGGGAAAAAGAAGAGACGGACACGGGAAAAGCAACAAGAUUCCAAUUCAGGAGGAAAAAGAAGUGCAUUCGGUACUUACAAGGAGAAGGACGCUGUGCCAGCCCAGUUUCUUCCGAUGGAAGUGCUAUAGACUCCCCUCCCUCUCCCCUGGAUGCACUCCAACGCGUACCCUCUGCUUUCCCUUCAGACCAGCCCGCAGCCCCCGCUGCCUCCGCGCACCGAGAGCCUCCCGACCCCUUCCCCGUCAUGGCCCACGCCGGCCCGGCCGCCAGCUCCUCCAGACCGAGCGCCCACCGCUCGCCCCACACGCCCGCGGAGCCCCCGGCGCACAGCGUGGCCCCCACGGGGACGUAGCCCCGCGCCCACCCGCCCGCCUUGGCUGAGACACCGGGCACUUUGCUCACUGAACAGCACCGGAGGCCCGUCCAAAUUCCCCACGUUCACUGUCAAACUUGCAAAGUUAGGCGACGGAAUGAUUUAAGGAUGCUGGAAAACUCUUUUUUUUGUUGUUUGUUUUCUUUUUUUUUUUUUUUUUUGGGGGGGGUGGUGGUUAAAGAUAGAAAAGUGACUUUAAAAAAAAAAGGUUUAAAAAAAAAAGUAUUUGCCAAAAUUUCUAAGUGCUGAUGAGUAAACAAGCCUUUUGUCCCUGCCCUGUGCUGCUUUUUUGUUUGUUUGGGGUUUUUCUUUUUUUUUUUUUUACUGCAGUAUCUCCAAGUAUGGCGGAAAGCAAAGAGGAACCCCCAGCUUGCUGCAGUAGGUGGUAGGUGCUAUAAAUCUAACACUGGCUUCCAUUUCCUGCCUUCUGAGCUGCUUUAAACUGUAGUCAGUCACAGAUCUCCCGUAGCUGUCGUACCACGGGGCUGGAAAAGCUGGAAUAGGAGCAUUUUGUAAAAGCCCUCAUGUCUGAAGACUAAAUGUAGCGAUGCUAGCUCCCUGAUCUGACUGACAGAGAAAUGAAAUAUUUAAACAAAUGAGGUGUAUUUUUUAAGCUUCGUGUCUGAGGACAGGAAGGUACUGUUUACAGGUAACAGGUCUCUGUGCAGACGUCGAUCCCACUAGCAGACGAAAGCGGGGCGCUGACCAGGCUCAGCAGGAGCUCGGCCGCUUGAAGUCUGACUGCCGACUGCUGCCCACGUCGGUGCAGGGCCUCCCUUGCUGUCGUGACUCGGUCACUGCAGAUCUGGACAGCCAGAAUUCUCAUCCGGCGGCCUGGGUGCAGCCUCAGAAAGCCUAACUCUGCAACCAGCUGUGCACCGGCACGCGGGAGGAGCACAGCACGUGUGCACGGAGCCUGUGUAAAGCCGUAACGCCCGACAGCCGUACUCGAGCGCUACGCUCCGUCCCAGAGCUUUUUCCUUGGCAAGCAGGGGUGGAGGACAGACCGCGGUGUGUGCUCUGCCCCCUCUUGGCUCUCCCCUUCCCUGGGGCAGGCCGGGAGCAGAGCAGCACACUGCCCUGCUCUCUGCUUACAAUCCGUACUUACCCUCUGCAAGAUCAAAACCAUUUCUUGAUGAUUUGGUGUAGAACUUUAAAAAAAAACAACUUAUUUUAGCUUUUUCUGAGAGAUCUUCCCUCUGCCUCCAUAACGAUGCCAAAUGUUAAUGUAUUCUCUCCAGCUUGAAAACAUUUACCAGUUUCUGGUAUUUUAUUUAUAUGUUGAGCUUGACAAACAAAAACACUGUGGACAGAUUCUGAUCUCCAAAAACUGAUGUAAAUCCCAAAUUAAUCGAAGUUACUGAUUUACUUCAUGUUUGCAUACUUGUCACAGAGACCAGAAUCUGCCUGGAAUAAACAUAUUCUAGACUGCUGAAGAGAAAAGUAACAACAGACAGAGGGAGAGGGGGAUCUAUUUUUUUCUACUUUACAGAAUAGGUUUUAGAGUACUGAAUGCAAAUUAUGUAGUAAUAUUAUUGUAGAACUGCAAGAAAUUUAAGAUGACCUUUAUAAUGUAAAAAUAUUUUUAUAUUUUUUUCUUAACACAAAAAGAAAAACCCUAAUUUUUUUACAUUGGACUAAACAACUUUUUAAGCAAGUUAAUGCAUCAAAGAUUGAAAACUUUAAAAAAAAAAAAAGAUUAGUCUGUAGAGCAUCUUUGGGUUUAUUCCCUUUAUUUAGGUACUUUUGCUUAUAGUAGUGUAGACUUUUUAAUUCCAGUUUUAGUUUAGAUCUAAACCUAUUGCUUAAUUCCUCUCCUGUGUAAAUGUAACUUCAGAAGCACUGAAUGAAAGCUACGUGCACAAACCUGAAAGUCAUUUUAACCCUUAGAGAAGUGACAUUACCUGAAGCGCCUGCCAACUGAACUUGGCCGUGUACUUACGGCACUCAGAGGGUUAAUUACAUAGCACUAGAUCAACACACAAUCUGCUCAGUUUUAAAUUAUUUUAGCAAGCUUAGACAACAGCAUGGUCCAGUGCUCAACAGAGGAACUCAGCAGACUAUUCCCAGACCUGACAUAGAUUCUUCUUAUAUAUAUAAAAAAAAAUCUUAAAAAAAAAAAAACUGUCUCAGCUGACCAUUUUUCAUUGAGACUCUUUGAUGUAAGGUGCUGUAGAAGUGUCAACUACUGUAAAAGCCACAGCUGACAAAUCAGCCACACUGAGCCCACCAGUGGCCUAGCGUAACUCAAAACUGGGCGUAAAGCUGGCAUACCGUAAUACCUGAUCGCUAUUUUGUGGUCGGAUAAAA